AUAUAUGUUUUGUAAUUGAAAUACUUUUGAUCAACUUGGGAAAUUUUUGCAAAUAAUUACUAAAACUUGAUGGGUGAUCUCUAUAGAAAGUUGGAAACUGAUGUUGUAAUUGAAGCUCCAGCUUGGAAGUUUCAUGAAAUGCUUCAUAGAAACCCUCACCAUCUUUCCAAUAUUGCUGCUGAUAAAGUACAAAGUUGUGAAUUACACGAAGGCGAAUGGGGCAAAGUUGGUUCGAUUAUCUUUUGGAACUACGUUCAUGACGGGAAGGCUUGCGUGGCGAAGGACGUAAUAGAAGCAGUUGAUGAAGAGAACAACUCAUUCACAUGGAAAGUGAUUGAAGGAGACCUUUUAGAUCAUUACAAGAAUUUCAGAGUUACAAUCCAAAGUAUUCCAAAGGAUAAAGGAAGUGUGAUUCAUUAUACUUUGAACUAUGAAAAGCUUCAUGAAGAUAUUGAAGAUUCACAUACUUUGCUUGACCUUUGUGUUAGUAUCUCCAAAGCCAUUGAUGCUCAUUUAAUGAAGGAAAAGAACUAAUGAUAACAAAGGUUGAUUUGUAGAGGUUGAAGAAGCUCCUAAGGCCCCAUGACAAUGGUUAAUUAUACUUAAAUAAUGGUUAUCUUUACUUAAAUAAUGCAUGUUAUAUAUAUAUAUAUAUAUAUAUAUAGCAUAUCACAUGUUGUGUGUUUGUGAAAUAUUAUAAUCUAAAUCUGUAUGUGUACGUGUAUGCUUAUAAAUAAAAUUAUUGGAAAUAAAGUUUGAAGGUUGAUUAGUA